UUCUUUCUUUCUUUCUUUCUUUCUCUAUCGAUAUCUAUAUCUUCAAUGCUUAGAGCUAGUGUUCAAAAAAGUCUUCGUCAGACUUAUAAAUUAUCCACGAGGUUCUCAUCCUCUGUGGCAGCUCAAUAUUUCCCUGAAGAACCAAUUUCACCUCAAUUAGUUACCAGUUCUAUCCCAGGUCCAAAAUCUCAAGCUUAUAAUGAUGAAUUAGGGAAUGUGUUUGAUAAUAGAGCUACUUAUUUCGUAGUUGAUUAUGUCAAAUCAUUAGGGAAUUAUAUUAGUGAUGCUGAUGGAAAUAAAUUAUUAGAUGUUUAUUGUCAAAUUGCUUCUAUUCCAUUAGGAUAUAAUAAUCCUGCUUUAAUUGAAGCUGCUAAAUCGGAUGAUAUGUUAUAUGCUUUAAUCGAUCGUCCUGCUUUAGCUUGUUUCCCAUCUACUAAUUAUGCCCAAAUUUUACAAGAAGGUAUCUUGGCAGCUGCACCACCAAGUAUGACUAAAGUUUGGACCGCAUUAAGUGGUUCCGAUGCGAAUGAAACUGCGUAUAAGGCGGCCUUCAUGUAUCAACAUGCUCAUAAACGUGGUUCAUUAGAUUUCACAAGUGAAGAAUUAUCAAGUGUAAUGAAUAACGAAGCUCCUGGUGCUUCAGAUAUGGUUAUUUUAUCAUUUGAUAGAGGUUUCCAUGGAAGAUUAUUUGGAUCCUUAUCAACUACAAGAUCUAAAGCUAUUCAUAAAUUAGAUAUUCCUGCUUUCCCAUGGCCAAAAGCUCCAUUCCCAAGUUUGAAAUAUCCUUUACAAGAUUUCAUAAAGGAAAACCAUGAUGAAGAAAUUGGAUGUUUACAAGAAUUUGAACGAAUUAUUGUCGAAGAUUAUGAACCUCAUAAAAUCGCGGCUAUAAUUGUUGAACCCGUUCAAUCUGAAGGAGGGGAUAAUCAUGCUUCCUCAUUCUUUUUCCAAGGAUUAAGAGAUAUUACAUUGAAACAUGAUAUUUUAAUGAUUGUUGAUGAAGUUCAAACUGGGGUUGCAGCCAGUGGGAAAUUUUGGGCUCAUGAACAUUGGAAUUUAACUACUCCACCAGAUAUGGUUACAUUUUCGAAAAAAUUCCAAGCAGCUGGGUUUUAUUUUAGUAAUCCUGAAUUACAACCAAAUCAACCUUAUAGACAAUUUAAUACUUGGUGUGGAGAUCCAUCUAAAGCUAUUAUUGCUAGAUCAAUUUAUCAAGAAAUUACCAAACAUAAUUUAGUAGAAAAGACAGCUCAAGUGGGUGAUUAUUUAUAUGAUGGAUUGAAACAAAUCAUUAAUAAGUAUCCUGGUAAAGUAUUAAACUUAAGAGGGGAAAAAUAUGGUACUUUUAUUGCCUGGGAUUGUUAUGAUGCUGAAGUUAGAAAUAAUAUUUUAUUAGAAUGUCGUAAGAGAGGAGUUAAUAUUGGAGCUUGUGGAGAUGUUGCAAUUAGAUUAAGACCAACAUUGACAUUUGAAGCUAAACAUGCUGAUAUCUUAUUACAAGUAUUAGAAGAUUCUUUUAAAGCUGUUUAAGAAAAAGACUAUUAAUAUAUAUAUAUAUAUAUAUACAUAUUAAAUAUAUGGUGUUGCACGAUCACUUACCCAAUUAGGCAUUUCUCCUAAAC